AGAGAUGGGAUAUAAAAAUGGGGGAUAUGGAGGGGAAAAUAAAGAGCUUGUGAUUUUCUGGAUUUCUUUAGCGUUUGAGAAGAAAUAUCAAGAAAUAGAAAACGCUUUGUUAGGGAUCGAUUAUCGGCGUUACCGAUGGGAGUAACCCGGUUGCGUUGCAAAUGUCUGAUUCAAGCGCAAACGUGUUGUAGUGAAUGAGGCCUGGUUGUAUUUCUACUGCCGUGCGCCUUAGCUAGUUAGUCACGUCAAAAAAACAUAUUGUAAACGUAGUCAAAGUUGUGGCGCUAGCUAUUUACUAUUAGGUUCAUUUAUGGUGUUAUGUGACUUAGUUGGCGAAGAAAAUGUGUUUGUUGAAGUUAAAGCUAGCCAUAGCACCAAUAGCCAGUCAGCUAACUUUACCGUUCAGUGUAAUGGCGACGUUAGCUUACUAGAUGCCUAGCUGUCACUCGACCUCUAGCCUGUUGGUUAAGCCGUUAACUUAGCUUGCCAUUUGAAAUGGACUAUGAGUCCACAUUUCUUCUUGACUAAUUAACUAUAGGAUUCAUGGCAUAUUGUUAUACUAUAUUCCCAGUAAUUAUUGACUCGGAUGAAAGCUAACGUUAGCUGUGUGGUCUGCUCAGAGUGGAGUUAGGUCCGCUACAGUAACCAGCUGUAGAAUAAUGAAUUCAACAAUUCACGAACCUCUCUCAUUACCAACAAAGAACCCAUCUAAACCGGUACAGUGACAAUUAGCUCUAGUGUAGAUCCCUGUAGUAUAUACUGAGUGUACUUGUUAGAUAUUACUGCACUGUCGGGGCUAGAAACAAAAGCAUUUCGCUACACCCGCAAUAACAUAUGUUAAACACGUAUGUGAUUUGAGUGUAGAAAAAAAAUAGUAAUGCCUUCCAAAUACUGAGUUGCACCCCACUUUGCCCUCAGAACAGCCUCAAUUCGUCAGGGCAUGGACUCGGGCAUGGACUCAACAAGGUGUCGAAAGCGUUCCACAGGGAUGCUGGCCCAUGUUGACUCCAAUGCUUCCCAAAAUUGGCUGGAUGUGCUUUGGCAGGUAGACCAUUCUUGAUAAACACAAACUGUUGAGUGUGGAAAACCCAGCAGCAUUGCAGUUAUUGACACCCUGUUCAAAGACACGUCAAUAUUUUGCUCCUGAGUGGUGCAGCCAUCUAAGGCAGUGCAUCUCAGUGUUAGGUGCUUCACUACAGACACUGUGGUUCGAAUCCAGGCAGUAUCACAACCGGCUGUGAUUGAGAGUCCCAUAGGGCUGCGCACAAUUGGCCCAGCGUCGUUCGGGUUUGGCCAGUGUAGGCCGUCAUUGUAAAUAAGAAUUUGUUCUUAACUGACAUGCCCAGUUAAAUAAAGGUUCACCCUCUGAAUGGCACACAUAAUACACAACCGGUCUCAAGUCUUUAAACUUUAACCUGUCUCCUCCCCUUCAUCUACACUGAUUUUAAGUGUCAUCAAUGAGGGAUCAUAGCUUUUCCCUGAAUUCACCUGGUCAGCCUGUCAUGGAAAGAGCCCGUGUUCCUAAUGUUUUGCACGAUCGGUGUACACUAAUACAGCAAAUGUAUGUGGACACCUGCUCGUCGAACAUCUCAUUCCAAAAUUACGGGCAUUAAUAUGGAGUUUGUUGCUAUAACACAAGGCUUUCCACUAGAUAUUGGAGCAUUUAAAAAAUAUAUAUAUAUUUAUUUAACUAGGCAAGUCAGUUAAGAAAAAAAUCUUAUUUUCAAUGAUGGCCUAGGAACAGGGUUAACUGCCUUGUUCAGGGGCAGAACAACAGAGAGAGAGACAAUAGUUGAACAGUUUUGAACAAAUUGAUUUCUUCCAAAAUGAAGAAGCACUUUCAGUUUCUCUUACUUAGCUAGCAAAUGCAGCUAGCUAGUGUAGCCUACUGAAACACCCUGCUCAGAGGGGUGCUAUGUUGGCUAGCUGGCUAUGACUUUCCAACACAACACUGGAACUCUUCCAACUCAAGAAAGAGCAUCUGUAGCUGAGCAGAAGGAUGGAGAGUUUGGGAUUGCAGGCUGUUGCCCUCAGUGAUGGCUCCACAGCCUACAUUGAACAAGCCAUCAAAGAUGGCAACCUAGUGGAAGGCGAUACUAUUCAGUUGGAGGAUGGUACUACAGCCUACAUUCAGCAGGUUACUGUACAGCAGAAAGAGCCGCUGCCCUUUGAGGAUGGCCAGGCAGUGCAGCUGGAGGACGGGACCACGGCAUACAUCCACCACACACCCAAAGACGGGUAUGAUCCCAGUGCGGUGGAGGCGGUGCAGCUGGAGGAUGGCAGCACGGCGUACAUCCACCACCCCUCGGGCCUGCAGACUGGCAGCACCAUCCUGACUUUGCAGCCAGGGGGUGGCCUGGAGGAGCUAGCUACAGAUGACACUGUGGACACAGACACCAUCACCACCCUGGAGAACUACGCCAAGAUGACGGGGUCUGAGGUGGAGGUGGAUGAGACCAUGAGCAGUACCAAUGGACUGCAGGACAUAGAGCCUAUUGUACAGGUGAUGGGGUCGUGGGGUUCCCCUAAGGGUCAGCAGACGGCUGAGAAGACAUUCCGCUGUGACUACGAGGGCUGUGGACGUCUCUACACCACAGCACACCACCUCAAGGUGCAUGAGAGGGCUCACACAGGUGUCCGGCCAUACAGGUGUGAUGUGUUGACGUGUGGAAAGGCGUUCGCUACAGGUUACGGCCUGAAGAGUCACCUACGGACACACACUGGAGAGAAACCAUACAAGUGUCCUGAAGACAUGUGCUUCAAGGCCUUCAAAACCUCCGGAGACCUCCAGAAGCAUGUCCGCACACACACAGGUGAGAAGCCGUUUAAGUGUCCGUUUGAAGGUUGUGGUCGUUCCUUCACCACCUCUAACAUCAGGAAAGUCCACAUCAGAACACACACAGGAGAACGCCCCUACAUGUGCCCUGAACCAUCCUGUGGACGAGGCUUUGCCAGUGCUACCAACUACAAGAACCACAUGAGAAUACACACAGGGGAGAAGCCCUACCUGUGUACAGUCCCUGGUUGUGGGAAGCGAUUUACAGAGUACUCCAGCCUGUACAAGCACCAUGUGGUUCACACACACUGCAAACCUUACACCUGCAACCACUGUGGCAAAACUUACAGACAGACCUCCACGCUGGCCAUGCACAAACGCACCACGCACGGAGACUUUGAGGCCACAGAGGACGGGGAAGAAGCGGUGGAUGACCAAUCACAGGCCUCCUUCCUGGAGGGGGCGGAGCAGAAAGAGGAUGGGUCGGAUUCCCAGGUUAUCAUUGGUUCUCAGGUGGGUCUGUCGACAGAGGACCUACAGGCACUCAGCACGGCCAUCACCAUGGUAACGCAGGACGGCACAACCAUUUCCCUGCCGACCCACCAGACAGACAUGGCCGCCAUGGGACACCACCACAUCACCAUGGUUACAGGGGAGGGCAAGGAGCUGCAGCCGGUUGCCAUAGUGACAUCGGAGGGUAUUAUGACAGGCGGCUUGCAGGGCUCCGGCCCUCACUACCAGCAGGUCGCACUGCUGGCCACGGCUAAUGGCACCCAGAUUGCUGUUCAGCUGGAGGAGCAGCAGACGUUGGAGGAGGCCAUCAGCAUGGCGACAGCUGCCAUCCAGCAGGGAGGGCUGGUUCAGGACGAGGACACAUGAGAGGGGAUCUGCUGAGACACACCUACCUCCCCCAAACAGAGCAUCUUUCCCUGGGUACGACACGGUACCUGCUUAGCGCCAACCAGCUCCACAGCACUCCUGGAGCCCUGUCUCCUGCAACAGGCACAGAGUGAGCAGAACUCCUAUCUCGGAACCAAUCAGAGAGACUCCGAGAAGCUGUUGUCAUGGAGACUGGCUUUAGAAUGUUCAGAUGUGAACAUGAGCAGAUUGAUCUUUCUUUGUUUGUUUUAGCCACAAUACAAUAGCAUACUCAUCCAUACUCAUCCUGCUGCUUCUGAGAAGCAGCACCUGCACUAAAGCUAGCUCCAGUUCGAUUUUACCUCUAGUCUUCAUAAUCAUGAUACAAUAAAGGAUAAAAGCGUCUGCUAAAUGGCAUAUCAUGAUACAAUAAUGGAUAAAAGCGUCUGCUAAAUGGCAUAUCAUGAUACAAUAAUGGAUAAAAGCGUCUGCUAAAUGGCAUAUCAUGAUACAAUAAUGGAUAAAAGCGUCUGCUAAAUGGCAUAUCAUGAUACAAUAAUGGAUAAAAGCGUCUGCUAAAUGGCAUAUCAUGAUACAAUAAUGGAUAAAAGCGUCUGCUAAAUGGCAUAUCGUGAUACAAGAACGGAUAAAAGUGUCUGCUAAAUGGGCAUAUCGUGAUACAAGAACGGAUAAAAGUGUCUGCUAAAUGGGCAUAUCGUGAUACAAGAACGGAUAAAAGUGUCUGCUAAAUUGGCAUAUCGUGAUACAAGAACGGAUAAAAGUGUCUGCUAAAUUGGCAUAUCGUGAUACAAGAACGGAUAAAAGUGUCUGCUAAAUUGGCAUAUCGUGAUACAAGAACGGAUAAAAGUGUCUGCUAAAUUGGCAUAUCGUGAUACAAGAACGUUUGUUUUGGUUUUAUAUUUGUCUGAUUGCAGUGAGUUUUCCAGUACUGUGUACUUCUGCGUCUACUCUGAAGUUUUGGUUUGAAGAGUGCUCUUAAACAGAUGGAUUCUUUCUACUGAAACACUUGUGAAACUGUUCAGAGGUAGACUGUCUGUCUGAGGAGCUAAAAGUUGGCCUUGUCUACGUCAUUGAAGAAAUGAACUGCAAAACUACAGAGCCCAAAAUCAGCGGUGUCAAGCUGCAACGUGUAUCUGGAUCUAUGCUGACAUUGCCGAGGUGUACAUUUGUCAAUAAAUAGCUUUACCUUUGCUGUGUGUCUCUCA